CUCCCCUCUGCAGGGUGGUGAAAGAAGAAAUCUCGGAUGACAAUGCCAAGCUUCCCUGUUUCAACGGCCGGGUGGUGUCAUGGCUGGUGUCUGCAGAGGGGUCACACUCAGAUGCUGGGUCGGUCUGUGCCGAUAACCAAACGGAGCUGCCGCCCUCCAUGGAGCGCACAGGAGGCAUCGGAGACUCCAGGCCCCCCUCCUUUCACCCUAACACCGGGGGGAGUCGGGAAAAUCUGGACAACGAGACAGAGACAGACUCAGUGGUGUCAUCGCAGAGAGAGCGACCUCGUCGGAAGGAUGGGCCUGAGCAUGCACCCAGGGUGAAUGGGACAGUGAAGGGAGAGCGACGCCGAGACCUGGGCGGGUACGAGAGCUCCUCCACACUCAUGAGCAGUGAGCUGGAGACCACCAGCUUCUUCGACUCGGACGAAGAUGACUCCACCAGCAGGUUUAGCAGUUCAACAGAGCAAAGUAGCGCCUCCCGCCUGAUGAGGAGACACAAACGGCGCAGGCGGAAACAGAAGGCUCCACGGAUUGAGCGGUCAUCAUCCUUCAGCAGCAUCACAGACUCCACCAUGUCCCUGAACAUCAUCACGGUCACACUCAACAUGGAGAAAUAUAACUUUCUGGGCAUUUCCAUUGUGGGACAGAGCAACGAGCGUGGAGAUGGAGGCAUUUACAUUGGCUCUAUCAUGAAGGGUGGUGCUGUGGCAGCUGAUGGCAGGAUUGAGCCGGGCGACAUGCUCUUGCAGGUGAACGAUAUUAACUUUGAAAACAUGAGCAAUGAUGAUGCUGUACGGGUGCUCCGGGAGAUUGUGCACAAGCCUGGGCCCAUCACCCUGACUGUUGCCAAGUGCUGGGACCCCAGCCCCCGAGGCUGCUUCUCGUUACCUAGGAUUGCUCCCCAGCGGAUCUGGGCUGGGCCAGACUCUCCAUGCUCCGAUCCGGGUGAGCCUAUCCGGCCAAUUGACCCGGCAGCCUGGGUGUCCCACACAGCAGCGAUGACCGGCACCUACCCAGCGUACGGUAUGAGUCCAUCCAUGAGCACAAUCACUUCCACCAGCUCCUCCAUCACCAGCUCCAUCCCAGAGACCGAACGCCUCGAUGACUUUCACCUGUCCAUCCACAGUGACAUGGCCACCAUUGUCAAAGCCAUGGCCUCCCCAGAGUCAGGCCUGGAGGUGCGUGACCGCAUGUGGCUGAAGAUCACCAUCCCCAAUGCCUUCAUUGGUUCGGACGUGGUGGAUUGGCUGUAUCACCACGUGGAGGGCUUCACAGACCGUCGUGAAUCCCGCAAGUAUGCCAGCAAUCUGCUGAAGGCUGGCUACAUCCGGCACACCGUGAACAAGAUCACCUUCUCGGAACAGUGUUACUACAUCUUCGGGGACCUCUGUGGCAACAUGGCUAACCUGUCUCUUCAUGAUCACGAUGGCUCCAGCGGUGCUUCCGAUCAGGACACUUUGGCUCCUCUCCCACACCCGGGAGCUGCACCCUGGCCUAUGGCUUUUCCAUAUCAGUAUCCACCACCUCAUCCAUACAACCCCCACCCCGGCUUCCCUGACCCAGGCUACAGCUAUGGAGGGGGCAGUGCAGGCAGCCAGCACAGUGAAGGGAGCCGGAGCAGCGGUUCCAAUCGCAGUGGCAGCGAGAGGAGAAAGGAGAGAGAGAAAACCGGAGAGUCCAAGUCAGGUGGCAGCGGGAGCGAGUCGGACCACACCCCCCCCCAGCCAUGGGGCCCCCCGGGGCGCCGCCGGGCCGCGACCUGGCCUCUGUGCCCCCCGAACUGACAGCCAGUAGACAGUCCUUCCGAAUGGCCAUGGGCAACCCCAGUGAGUUCUUUGUGGAUGUAAUGUGAAGCGCCCGUCCCCUGUCUGUCUGCUGCCCCUCCUUCCCCCUUCCAUCCCCGUCGUUUGUCUCCUAGGACCAGCCCCA